AAGGUUUCAGUAUGUUAUCUCUCAAGCGGGCCUGCUCAUCAAGUGCUCAACCACCUCUGUUCCAGAAAACACCGCUCCUUUUCUCAGUAGAACUAGCAAGGCAUGGCUAACCACCAUAAGCGUUGUCCCUUAACCAGUGCCUUCGUCUUUAUUCUCUCUUACAUUGUUCUGAUAGCAUCAGUAGAGUCAGCAAGGCCAGGAUUGUCUUACAACCAACAUUCUCCUACAUACCCACAGAUGCACGACUUCCAAAAUGAACAGCUUUUCCACGCGUAUUUCGUCAUUCAGAGCUUCAAAAAUACCGUCACAUGCGAUCCUAGGAACAUCACGUCAACCUGGACCGGCCCUGACAUCUGCGGCAAAAGGAGCUACGUGGGCUUCUAUUGCGCGAGAAAGCAGGGACCCGGUAGCAACCUCACGGUGACUUCAGCCAUUUUCAAUGGCUUUGGCCUGUGUGCGCCAAUGCUUCGAGGCUUCCUCGACCAGCUUCCCGAUCUUGCUCAUUUCCAGGCUACAUCUAACAAUUUUGGUGGUGAUGUCCCCAGCCUUGCCGGCCUGACGGAGGUGUCCAACGUUGAUGCCAACGGUAGGCGUAAACAAAAUAGAGAGGGAUCACAGAGCACUACAAGUAUUGAGAUAGAUAAUAUCGGAGUAACGGCAAAAACGAUGGGUGACCUAGUUCACGCAAUCACGCAUCCCUUUGAGAAUAGUAUUUCAGCACACUUACCCAAAAACAACUCAAGCCCUCGAGCCUCCUUUGCGCCGCCUUCCUCAUUGAGCCCAAGCACCGAGAGGCUUGGAUUUCCAAAGAUGAACUACCUCGCCCUCGCCAACAACAAGCUCACGGGUCCAAUUCCACCAUCAAUCGCAGAGGCACAAGAUACUCUCCUCGAGGUACUAUUCCUGAACAACCAGCUCUCCGGCUGCCUCCCUAACGAGCUGGGCAUGCUCCACAAGGCGACCGUCAUCGACGCCGGCAUGAACCAGCUCACCGGCCCGAUCCCUGCAUCCUUCUCGUGCCUCAGCAGCGUCGAGCAGCUCAACCUGGGCGGGAACCGCCUCUACGGCCAGGUGCCCGACGCGCUCUGCAAGCUCGCCGGCCCAGCCGGCCGCCUCGCCAACCUCACGCUGUCCGGCAACUACUUCACCUCCGUCGGGCCGGCGUGCGCGGCGCUGAUCAAGGACGGGGUGCUGGACGUGAAGAACAACUGCAUUCCGGGACUUGCCAACCAGAGGCGCCCGGUGGAGUGCGCGGUGUUCCACAGCCAUCCGAAGACGUGCCCGGCGGCGAGCGCUCAGGUGGCGUGCCCCGACGCAGCUGCCGCGCGCGCGGUGGCGCCGCCGGGGGAGAGGAAGGUCAGGGACUACUCUAGCUACGUGACGUACGCUACUCUACAUGAGUGACGCGCCACGUCGGCAUGCAGUAGGAGACAAGAGCUCGGUGUGGAGCUUUGGCUGUUUGUUCCUUGUAUUCUUGUGUAGUACCGUGUGUUGGUGUUCUUGUGGUUGUUGUCUAUUUGCUCUGCACGUGUUGCUGUAACAUUUAGAUCCACCUUUGUAUCCAUUAUCAAUUUAUUAUGUGAAAAAUUAUUGUUGGUGUAGUGAA